UCGAGAGAAGCGAGAGCACCAGGAGGGGGCAACCAUGGCGGAGCUCGGAGGCUUGCUCGCCUCUGCCAUCCUAAAGGUUGUGUGUCAGAAGAUAGGUUUGGCCAUCGGAGACCGGAUCAAGCUGCAAGAGAAUUUCAUCGACGACCUGGAGGGGAUGAAGAUGACACUGGAGUCUGUGGCGGCAUUGCUCAAUGACGCGGAAAGGCGGUCCAUUGAGGAGGAAGCGGUGCGACUGUGGCUCAAACGGCUCAAGGACGCAAUGUAUGGCAUCGACGACAUGAUGGAUGAGAUUGAAGCCGGCACCAAACCGGCUGCAUCCAAGGUUGUAGCUAUGAUACCCUGUCUCACGAUUGGCCCCAAGUUUAAAAUGGUCAAUGAGAUGAAGGCAAUGCGAAGAAAUUUGGAGGAGAUCACAAGACAACACCAGGAUUUCAGUUUCACACCUGGCUGUACCACCAACGUUGAACAAGUUACUGAUAUGCGGGAGACAUCAUCUGCUGUUGAAGAAGCACUAAUCGUAGGGAGGACGGAAGAGAAACAGAAAAUACUGGCUUCCUUGUCUGGGAACCUGGCACAAGAGAUCAUCAUCCUUCCUAUAUAUGGCUUUGGAGGCAUCGGCAAGACAACCUUGGCAAAAUUAGUUUUCAGUGAUGCCCAGUUCAAUGAUUACUCUCGGGUAUGGGUAUAUGUGUCCCAGGCCUUUGACUUGAAAAAGAUUGGCAACUCUAUAAUUUCACAAGUAUCUAAUGGCAAUAGUUACAUAGCUGAAAAGCAGAUGAUAAAUAAGCGUCUUCAAGAGCUACUAGCUGGUAAGAAGAUUCUGGUUGUUUUAGAUGACAUGUGGAGGGAUAACGAAAAUGAAUGUCAACUGGAAGAUUUGAGGGCUAUGCUAAGGGUUGGAGAAGGCAGCAAAGUGGUGGUCGUAGGAACCACACGUGACGAAGGCAUAGCAAAGGAACUCUGUACCAUUCAACCACACAAACUAGCCCCAUUGACAGAUGACAUGUGCUGGACUAUAAUAAAGCAAAAGAGUGCCUUUGAAUCUAAAGAUUGCAAAGAGCAGUUAGAGCAUAUCGGAAGGGACAUUGCAAUGAAAUGUGCAGGUGUGGCUUUGGCGGCUCAAUCGCUUGGAUACAUGUUGCGGUCCAUGACUUUUGACGAAUGGAAGUCAGUGAGAGACAGUGAUAUCUGGAAUGUUUCUGCUACCAGAAAUACAUGUUCUGCACAACAUACAGUUUUUGCAUCCUUGAGGUUAAGUUACAAAAGUAUGCCACCAUACUUGAAGCUAUGCUUUGGCUACUGUGCAACCUUUCCAAAAGGUUGCAACAUAGCUAAAGGUGGUCUAAUUCACCAAUGGCUCUCUCUAGGUUUCAUCGAGCCAGGAAGCAUAUUAUCUACUCGGCAACUUGGAGAAAAUUAUGUUCAGCAGCUUUUGGGGCUGUCCUUCCUCCAAAUUUCAAAGUCACCUUCAAUUGCUCGAUUGCAUCACGAGGAUGGCAUAAUGCUCACCAUGCAUGACCUGGUGCAUGACUUGGGAAGAUCAGUCAUGGUUCAUGAAGUUUUGGAUGCUACCAAAAAGCAAAUUACUGGCGGAAGCUACUGCCGCUAUGCGUCACUUAAUGAUUAUACCAAGCCAUUGGAGUUAUGCACAACAUCUCCACCAAAAAUAAGGGCAAUGCGCUUUCUAGACUGUCGCAAAAUUGAACCAUGUGGUGAUGCAUUUUCAUCAGCUACAUCUUUGCGGGUCUUGGAUUUGAGCAGGUGUUCCAUAUUGAGGUUGCAAGAUUCUAUUGGCAAAUUGAAGCAAUUGAGGUAUCUUAAUGCUCCACGGAUCUCUAGUCAAAAUAUUCCCAGUUGUAUCGCCAAGCUCUCCAAAUUAAUGUACCUAAACUUAAGUGGGUCUAUGAUAUCAGCACUGCCAGAGUCAAUUGGUGAAAUCAAAGGUCUGAUGCAUCUUGAUAUCUCAGAUUGCGUGGUAAUAAAAAGCCUUCCAGAGUCAUUUGUGAACCUAAAAAAAUUGGUACAUCUGGACAUGUUAAACUGCUGUCAGCUUAGAGGUGUAGUGAAAGCUUUGGCCGGCCUUACCAAUAUCCACUAUUUGAAUUUAUCACUUCGACCAGACCUUGAGAAUAUUUUACCUCUUGAGGGGAUGCCAGAAGUCAUCUAUGAUCUCACUGAACUACGGUAUUUAGGUCUAUCAUGGACAAUACAUUCAAUCUUCGGCCAUAAUGGCUCACAUGAGACAUUCAGUUUCAUUGACCGUAUUUGCGCCCUUCACAAUCUAGAACAUCUAGACUUGUCUUGUAAUUGUAGUAUUGUUUGUGUGCCUGAAAGUAUUGGCAGUCUCAGGAAGCUGCAUACACUGAACCUCUUGAACUGCACAAGGCUAGCAAGGCUUCCAGAAUGUAUUGUCAAAAUGGAGAGCCUGAAGAUUCUAAAUGUGACCGGCUGCUCUGAAUUGGAUAAGUCUACACUCUCUCGAUCCAAGAUGUUUGCCUUGUUGCCACACUUCGCAGUCCAUACUGAUGAUGGUGAAUCUAGCAGCAAUAUUGGUCUGCUCUGUCAUGCAAAUCCUAAUGAGCUGCACAUAAGUAGCCUUGAUAAUGUGAAAUCUAGAGAAGAAGUCCAGAGUAUAAAGCUGAUGGAAAAACAUGGGAUUUACGAUUUAAAUCUUGAGUGGACUAGAGAUGCCCAGAGAUCUGUGGAGGAUGUGCUAGUGUUGGGAGAGCUUGUUCCACCCAGCACCUUAUGUACAUUUCAUAUGAAAGGUUAUAGUAGCGUGAAAUUUCCAGCCUGGUUUAUGGGUAUUAAUCAUCAUCUCCCUCAUCUUAUCCAGAUUGAAAUGUGGUAUUUAAGUAAAUGCAACAGCCUACCAGCACUUGGUCAGUUACCAAACCUCCAAGAUUUAGUUUUGGGAGGAAUGGACAGAAUUUUAGUAAUUGAAGAGGGUUUCUGUGGUGGCGUGAGAGCGUUUCCACGACUGAAGAAAUUUAGUCUAUGCAGCAUGGAAAACCUGGAAGCUUGGAACACAACAUACUCCUAUGGCAAGGGUGCUGCGAAAGAAUUCAUGUUCCCCAAUCUUGUGGAUCUCUUAAUAUGUGACUGCCCAAAGUUGAGAUUGAAACCGUGCCCACCUAGGGCUAAGAAAUGGGAGAUUGAGAACAGCGAUAAUGUGUUGUUAUCAUGGGGAGAAACCUGCGCUUCCUCUGAUGUACUAACAGAUGUGUUUGUGACAGUGAAAUCCAGCAAGGUGCCUUUGGAGCAAUGGAUGUUGCUUCACCACCUUCCUACCAUCAUUGAGUUAAGCAUUAUUUGUUGCACUGAUCUGGCAUGCAGCUCCCUAGAGAUCAUACAAGACCUCUCCUUUAUCAAAUCCCUGUGGCUGAAAGGCAAUGCUCAGCCAGAAGUUCCGAAAUGGUUGGGUGACCUCAUCUCUUUGCGAGAAUUGCUCAUCACAGAGUGGACAGGGCUGAGUGACUUGCAAGAGAACAUGCGGCAUCUCACCUCCCUCGAGGAGCUGUCCUUGUAUCAGUGUCCAAGCAUUACAACGCUUCCAGAAUGGCUGGGCGAUCUUUCCGCUCUCAAGGAACUUGUGAUCUCAGACUGCAGGGGCAUCAAGUCUUUGCCAAAGAGCAUAUUGAAGCUCACUAAUCUGAAAGAAAUAAGUAUUUACGACUGCCCUGAAUUGACUGAGUGGUGUGAAUUAGAGGAAAACAAGAAGAAGCUCGCUCACAUUUACUGGAAGGUACACGUCCUGCCAUGAUACAUGCUGUAUCCCUCUUAUUUUGGACUGAGUCGACUGACUGUUUUUUUCUCGGCUUUUGUUGAAUUUAUUUAUUGUCUAAGAUCCUUUGAAGCAGUUAAUUAUAUAUUUUCUUGUGCAUUGCCUUGUAGUUCUUUUUCUGUAUAAAUAGGAAAAAAAAUUAUUCCCCAAAUAAUUCAUAACAUGGUGAGGAACAUCUGAAUUUAGAGCUUCAAAGGAACAAUUGGUAAAAAUAUUCAUGCAACAGAGUCUCCUAGCUGCUACAUACUAUGGUUUACUACUCCUGCCUGCUUUCAUUCACGUCUACUGUAACUUUACAAUUCAAAGAAAACUUUGUAAAAUAAAGUAGUCACAAUUAACUCGAAACCCAUGAACAUCCUAUUUUUUAGCAUU